AUGGAAGGGGAGAAACCGGAGGAGCCAGCCGCCGCUGCUGUGGAUAUGGAGCUGGAGGCCUUCGCCGUCGCCGUCGCCGGCGCCGGCGAGGCUGGUAAGAUUAACGGGGUCCACGAUCCAGAUGCCCAAGCCACCGGGAAGAGGGGGAGAGAGGAGGAAGAAGGAGACGAAGCGGCGAAGAGGACGAAGACGGAGAAAUCCUUGGAGGAGGAGCGGCUCGAAGGAGCGGAGAAGGAAGGGGAUGCAGGUGAGAAGGCGGAGGGCCUACCAGUCAAGCUCGGCCCGAAGACCUUCGGCACCUCGGUGGAGAUGUUCGAUUACUUCUACAAGCUGCUCCACGCCUGGUCUCCCGAUCUUGAGAUCAACAAGGUAUCGAUCGAUGGAUCAGUCUUAAUAUGUGAACGGUAUCGUUUCGAUGUUUCCCUCGCAUCCAGUAUUUUAUUGUUUCUUAUCCAAUCUCAGCUUGCUGCUGUGAGUUCCAUAGAUACUCCAUCUCGAUGAGGGCACGGAUGGUGUUCUAUACCAUACCCAUAUUUCUUAGAAUAAGAAUUUAUGAUUUCUGCUGAGAAUCGGCUUCCUCUCGAUCAACUGUCUCGUAUCUGUUCGCCAGUCUCGUUAUCGAUCGAUGCUCUCGCUUCUCAAAUCAAUCUGUUGCUAUGAUACCGAAUUGCCGUUAGGAUUGGGUGUGAUCCGCGAUGUUCAUACCGUGAACUUCAUCAAAAUCAUCUUUCGAUCUCCAUUCUACCGCACCGUGAAUAAGAAUUGGCUUAACUUUGUCGUAUUUGUUCAUCAGUCUCGUACCGAUCGAUCUUUCACAUGUAGAAUCAAUCUGUUGUUCUGAUGCUGGAUUGCCUUCCAGGAUUGCGGAUGAUCCAAGGUGCUCUUACAGUAACCCUAGCUAAAAUGAUCUUUCGAUCUCCAUUCGACCGCGUCGUGAAUGAGAAUCUGUUACCGUCCGAAUCUAGCUUCUCUGAUCUGCUGCAACAUCGGAGGCUGAUAUCAUUCUCUUCUUCUAAUCUUCCACAGUACGAGCAGCUGGUCCUGACGGAGCUGCUCCGGCGAGGCCAUCCGGAGCCGGAGAGGAAGAUCGCCGGCGGCGUCCGUUCCUUCGAGGUCCGCUACCAUCCGCUGUGGAAGAGCCGCUGCUUCUUCCUCGUCCGCACAGACGGCUCCAGCGACGACUUCAGCUUUCGCAAGUGCGUCGACCACAUCCUCCCCCUUCCUGACUCCAUGAAGGUCCCCGACGGCCGGAAGGGCGGCGGCGGCGCCGCCCGGGGCCGCGGCGGCAGAGGCCGCGGCAGGGGGAGCAGAGGUGGCCGCUAG